ACCGGAAGUGAUAGAUGUGUCAUAAGAAGUUAGAUCGUAGACCGGCUACAGUGUGAGUGUUGUGGUUGUAAUUUCGCAUCUAACGUUUUAUACAUUAUAGUUUUAAUAUUUUUACAUAGUGGACGAAUAGUGCAUUUGAUAGGCUGAAAACCCGAUUUUUUUUUACAUUUACAAUGAUUCAAACUUUGAAAGUAGUCAGACACUUGAUGACAAAAGUUUCAAAUGCAAGAUCAGAGUUCAGUGUACUGGUGCCUUGGGGAGAAAUAAAAGGCAAGGUCUGGGGUCCUGACAAUGGGCGUCCUAUACUCUGCCUGCACGGGUGGGCUGACAACUGUGGCACUUUCAACACUCUCAUUCCACUGCUUCCCAAAGAGUGGAAGUUUGUGGCUGUGGAUAUGGCAGGUCAUGGCCUCUCCUCCCAUAGACCCCCUGGGGUCUUCUAUACCUUUCCAGCUUAUGUGGCGGACGUUCGACGAAUCAUAGAGGCUCUUCAAUGGAAGAGAUUCUCAAUUAUCGGACACAGUAUGGGUGGCAACGUUGCUGGAAUGUUCAGUGCCCUGUAUCCAGAUAUGGUGGACUCAGUGGUUCUCCUGGACUCCUAUGGGUUCCUUCCCACAGACUCGAAAGAUCUGCAUAAGGCAAUGACACGGGGAUUUGAAGAAAUGCUCCAAUUUGAGAAGAAUAAAGAAGAGAAGUCAGCAAAGGUUUACACCUAUGAGAACGCAGUCAUGAGGCUAUUGGCUGCAAACCCCAGUCUCUCUGAGCAGUCUGCACACAUUCUGUUGGAACGAGGCCUCACUCGAGUUGAAGGAGGCGUUGUGUUCACCAGAGAUUAUCGAAUCAACCUGAAAAACAUUGCGCGUCUGAGUUUGGAGCAGAGUCUAGAGUUGCAGUCUAGGAUUCGGGCUAGAAUUCUAGUAGUGCUGGCAGAGGAGGGUUUUGAAAAGAUGUUUUCCGAACCUGAACAGAAGAAAUUUACUUCAGUGCUACUUCAAGGCUAUAAAGACCGACAAGGCAGGGUGGUGAAUGUACCUGGCGACCAUCACGUCCACCUGAACACCCCAGAGAAUGUGGCCCAAAUUGUCACUGACUUUCUCCAGGAAGAAGCUACUUUGCAGUCCAUCAACACUGCAAUGGACACACAGUCUGCCAAGUUAUAAAACACACACCAUUUCACCAACCUUCUCUGUUACACAGCACUGCUGUUUAGAACACUCACGACUGGCUUUCACAGUGAGAGAACUAGUAAUGUGACACCCAGCCAAUUUACAACUGACUAACUAAACUGCUAUUCAUUUGCUAAAUAGAGAACCGUUGUAGGAACAAAUAAACGCAACAUGCAACCAUUACAGUUCAUGUAAGGAAAUCAUUUAAUUGAAAUGUAAAGUUAUGCGGACAAACCUGCCCAUUAUCUGAGAGGAAUACAAUGUUUGUAUUUAUAAAAAUGUCGUAGCUCUAGAAUUGUAGCUCAUCAACUAAGACUUGUGUUCAUUUAUUGUUUAAUAUAUUUGAAGGCACUCUCAGUAUAUUUUAAGUGUAAUGGUUAAUACUUGAUUUAAACCAA